ACACUAAUGGCCAAAACCAGCGCACACACACAUGAUCUCCGUUGUAGCUGAACGUUGAAUGCCCGAAGAGGAUUCUACGAUGACGGACAGACAACUGAGCCAAUGGCGGAAGACUACAGACUACACCCCAGCUGAACCAAUCCAAAGAUCCGAUCUUCCAGAAUCAACCUACAUUCUUUUCUAUAUAAUAGUGGUGUACUGAUUGUAACGGCCUCUUCUUCGUCUGCGCUUCCGUACGAACCAGCGGGAGAGCCGUAAUUACGCUGUUCUAGAUAUCUUCACUCUGAAUAAACUGUAGCUUGUCAUACAAUUUACCACCUUGUCUGAAUCGAUCCUUGACCGACUCGUCCGUCUACAUAUCCAAUUACUAACAGAUGUGAAUUUAUCUACACACCACUACCUUUUUGUGGAUAUAAUGCAGUCCUUCCUUUUCCUGGAUUUACACACAGAUCUGGCUCAUGAUGGUGAAGAGGCGUACGUUCCCUCUACUGAUAGCUUCUGCUCUGGCAGUCAUGGUCUACGUCAUCUUCACAUUGCCCAGGUCACAGCCAGGCAACCACCAGCACCUCUAUCCGCACCACAUCUCUGACCAGUCCAUCACGCCUGUCAACGACACCAAACACUUCAUGGUGGGGGCCUACAAGGAACAUCGUUUGGAGGGAAGCUCCGUACGCAUCAUCAGUAUCUUCAGACGAGACUCUGUCCAGCCUCUGUACUGUGUGUUCUACUGUGGGACUCACUGGGCUAAUGGAAUGAAGGCUGAAGUCCAGAUGCACUCUGAUCACUUUGGGUUCCGCUUCGUGACGACCGACGUCCUUUGUCCGAAUCAUCCCGACUGCGACCCGUCACACGUGACCCUCGCCACACAAGCUGACGCCGAGCUCGCUCAGAACCAAACCUUCCUCCGCAUCCAGAACCUUGUGAAAAGGGAGGAAGAGGAGUUUCAGUCCAACUUCACUGUCUGUUGGUCCAAUUUAUUUGGCGAUUAUAACAACGUGCUUCAGGUCACCCAGACUCUGGAGAUGUACAAGUUGUUGGGAGUGCAGCAUGUUGUGGUGUAUAACACCAGCUGUGGACCAGACCUGGAGAGACUGCUACAGAGUUACACACAGGAGGGCUUUGUUGAAGUGGUGCCCUGGCCUAUCAACCAAUACAUGAACCCGUCCAGUGGGUGGCAGCCCAGUGAACAUGGAGGGGACAUCCACUACUAUGGCCAGUUGACCACUCUAAAUGACUGUGUCUACAGAAAUAUGUAUCAGUCACGCUAUGUACUGCUGAACGACAUCGAUGAGAUUAUAGCUCCAUACCAGCAUCAAACCCUGCCCCAGAUGAUGGAUGUACUUCAGAGGCAAAACCCAAAGGCUGAAGUGUUCCUCAUAGAGAACCACAUCUUCCCUAAGUCCCAGUUUGAGCCCAGUGGAAGGUUUGAACGACCCAGCUGGCGGGAUGUUCCAGGGAUCAACAUCAUGGAGCACAUCUACAGAGAGGAGCCAGACUAUCGCAUCUACCACCCCUCCAAGAUGAUAGUACGGCCCAGGGCAGUGGAGCAGACGUCGGUCCACUCUGUGCUGCGUAACUUCGGGCAGACAGUGAAGGUUCCUCCUAACGUGUGUCAUAUCAUCCAUGUCAGAGUUCCUCUACGAGGAGGACUGACCAAGAAGGAGCUGCAUGAAGACAAGAGGGUCUGGGACUACGAGAGACAGCUGGUUCCUAAUGUAGAUAAAGCAUUGGAGAAGGCAGGACUACUGCACAUGUGAAUGGAUUUCCUUCAUCCUGAACCAAACCUGCAGAGAUGUUUAGCCCCACACUUGAACGCACUUAGGUGUUGCAGACCCGCUUUGCUGUUUACUUUGUGCCUCUGCUUCAUAUCGCCGAGUCUCUUUGAUUGAUUUUAUCUUUAAGUUACAAAUGUAAUGAAAGUAAGUAUUUUUAAAUGUAUUUGAUUUUAUCUGUACUUAAAGUAAUAAUAAUAAAGCCCCUACAAUGAGUAGGAUUGACUGUG